CGCGGACCCCGAGAGCCUGGACCUGGGUAGUAGUGCUCGGAGAGCACUUAACAGCUGCAUCCGUAAUUGCACAUCGGGCACCUUCGAGAUCUCAGAGCCAGUCCCUUCAAGAGAGGCGAAUAAGCGUCACCUGGAGGCGUUCAAUGCACCUGGCCCAAGUCAGCCCAAUUAUUCAGUGCUCACAGCCGCCAGAACCAGUUGCUCUGCUCCAAAAGCUGUUCCUUGACUCGCCCCUUUAGGCUGGAGUUAAAAUAUUGCCGACACUUGUAAGAAGUUGGAGGUAGAAGUUGUCCUAUGAUUGCCUUCAAACUUCUGGUCGUUUCCAGAAUCUGCUUUGUACUCAGAAUGAUGGAUUUGUUAAAGUGACCUCAGAACCAGCAACAGAUCAACCCUCCAGUCUUCUAUUGUUCUCGAAGCUCCGUUGCACUGGACAUGUUGCUGCUCUUUAUUUUUGGAUUGCUCGUGCAUUUCGUGUUCUUCGCCUCCAUCUUUGAUAUUUAUUUCACAUCUCCUUUGGUUCAUGGGAUGACUCCUCAGUUUACACCAUUGAAUCCUCCAGCAAAAAGAUUGGUGCUUUUUGUUGCUGAUGGCCUGAGAGCAGAUGCUUGCUAUGAACUAGAUGAAAAUGGAAAAUCCAGAGCCCCAUAUAUUAGGAAUAUCAUAAUGAACGAAGGUAGCUGGGGGAUAUCUCACACUCGUAUGCCAACCGAGUCCCGGCCAGGUCACGUGGCCCUGAUAGCUGGCUUUUAUGAAGAUGUCAGUGCAGUUGCCAAAGGAUGGAAGGAAAAUCCUGUAGAAUUUGAUUCUCUGUUUAAUGAGAGCAAAUACACGUGGAGCUGGGGAAGUUCAGAUAUCUUAUCCAUGUUUGUCAAAGGUGCUAGUGGGAACCAUGUUUUCAUGGACGGCUACGGCUCUCGCAGCGAGGACUUUGGAGCCAGUGAUGCCUCGCACCUGGAUACCUGGGUUUUUAAUACCUUUAAGGAAUUCUUUCAUUCUGCCAAAAAGAACCAAUCUUUGCUUUCUCAACUAAAUGAAGAGAAAAUAGUAUUUUUCUUACAUUUGGUGGGAAUAGAUACAAAUGGACAUGCUCACCGGCCAUCGUCAAGGGAAUAUAAAGACAAUAUUAAAAAGGUCGAUGAAGGAGUAAAAGAAAUUGUAUCCCUAUUAAAUAAUUUUUAUGGAAAUGAUGGGAAAACAGCAUUUGUCUUUACCUCUGAUCAUGGAAUGACAGCCUGGGGUAGCCAUGGAGCUGGUCAUCCUUCAGAGACUUUAACUCCUUUUGUUGCUUGGGGAGCUGGAAUCAAAUAUCCCCAAACAGUGUCAGCUCAGCAAUUUGAUGACACGUUUUUGAAAGAAUGGAAGCUAGAGAAAUGGAAGAGACAGGAUAUCAAUCAGGCUGAUGUUGCGCCACUGAUGGCUUCUCUUAUUGGAGUUCCCUUUCCCCUUAACUCAGUGGGUAUUCUACCUGUGAAUUAUCUUAACAAUACUGCUUUGUUCAAGGCAGAGAGUAUGUUUACAAAUGCUGUACAGAUGCUUGAACAAUUCAAGGUGAAAAUGACUCAGAAAAAAGAAACUACUUUGUCAUUUUUGUUUACACCAUUUAAGUUGCUCUCUGAUUCUCAGCAGUUCAGCCUUUUAGCAAAAGCAAGGUUCAAUAUAAAGCAGAGGAAGUAUGAUGAAGCGGUCUCCAUCUGCACAGAGCUGAUGGAUCUUGCGCUGAAAGGCUUGUCCUAUUACCACACUUACAACAGAUUGUUUUUGGGCUUCAACGUCGUUCUUGGCUUUGUGGGAUGGGCCUCCUAUGCUUCGUUGUUGGUCGUCAAGUCGCAUUCCCGAUUUGCCAGAGGUGUCAAGAGAGAAGUCAAGAAACCAAGCCUUCUCCUGCCAUAUAGUUUUGUGGUUCUGGGCGGUUUUGUCACAGUUUUCCUGCUGAUUCAGUCCAGCCCCUGGACAUAUUACGUGUAUUGUUUGUUGCCACUGCCAAUAUGGUACGCAGUUCUAACAGAAUUUCAAGUCAUUCGGGACCUUUUCUCAUCACUGUUGACCUUUCCUCUGAGCCAUUUUGUCGGAUGCCUGUUAGUCUUUGCCCUGGGGAUUGAAGUAUUAGUUCUUAGUUUUUUCUAUCGACACGUGCUUACCGUUGGACUUGCUGCGUUCGCGGGCUGGCCAUUCGUCACACAGCUGUGGACUCGAGCAAAGAGCGCCUCACUGAGUUGGAUUGUCUCCUGUUUGCUCCUGGCCGUGUUCCCAAUGAUGCCUGUUGUAGGACGAAGCCCAAAUAUCUCUGUAGUGAUGAGCGCGGGCCUGCUGCUCUUACUGAGCUCCGUGUUUGCGGUCACCUCGCUCAGAAGAAGACUUGGUUUCGUCAGUGAACAGCCGCUUCUGUAUAUUGCACAGAUCCUGAGCAUAGCGCUUUCUUUGUAUGUUGUGUGUAGCACCCAUAGAAGUUUGGACAGAAAAGAAGGACUGCCUCUUUUAAAUCAGAUUAUCAGCUGGGUAUUACUAGGCUCGUCCUUCUUCACGCCGCUGCUGAGUUCCACAGUGCUCUUCGAGCGCCUGUUCAGCAUCCUUCUGGCCUUGAUGUCCACCUACCUGCUUCUCAGCACAGGGUAUGAAGCUCUCUUUCCAUUAGUGUUGGCAUGUUUGAUGUUUGUCUGGAUACACAUGGAACACGCAACCUUUCAACAGUCUGGUUUCUCCUAUAAACAGAAGGUCAACAGCAUCCAGUUUGCCUCUAACCCUAACCCUGACGUCUCCCGGCACCGGCAGCUCUAUCUAGAUGACCUCCGUAGGGCCUUUUUUCUGGUUUUCUUCAUAGUGACGGCAUUUUUUGGAACCGGGAACAUAGCAUCUAUUAACAGCUUUGAAGUCUCCUCUGUCUACUGCUUCUUGACCAUGUUUAGCCCUUUCGUCAUGGGAGCCUUAAUGCUGUGGAAGAUUAUAAUCCCCUUUAUUCUUGUGAUGUGUGCUUUUGAAGCAGUUCGGUUAACUUCCCAUUUACCAUCAAAAAGCCUUUUUCUCAUGAUUCUUGUCAUAUCGGACAUCAUGGCUUUGCAUUUUUUCUUCAUGGUCCAGGAUCAUGGCAGCUGGCUUGACAUUGGAACCAGCAUCAGCAACUACGUGAUCGUCAUGUGCAUGACCAUCUUCCUGAUGCUGCUCAGCGGCCUGGCCCAGCUGCUCACCGCAAGGAGAGUCAGACCCUGCGGCAAACCCAAAAGCCAUUUCCGGUGAUGCUCCUGGGGCCACCUCUCUGUCUCUGGAUCCUGUUUCUCGUGCUUCUCUCUGGCCUGAGAUCGAGGAUUAAGUAAGAAGCAGGGUCCAGAUAUAGAGCAUCUUCUGCUCCUCGAGAGGAAACCGGAUGUGGCAGUCUCCACGGACGGGCGAUCCCGAAUAAAGGCUCCUUCCUUCUCUCGGUACUUCGUCACUCAUGAGAGAGCGGUGUGGCCGGGGGGAGCCGGCGAAGCACUCUCCACCGCCGUCCUCUUCAGCCGAACGCUCUGCUUGCUGAUGCUUCUGAAUGCCUGUCGCAGUCUGGUCCCCACCCGCAUGGCGUGCUGUGCGUGCAGAGGUGCUUCUGCGGGGCAGGUCUGCGCCCCCCUGGCUCAGGGCUGGGGCCGAGCGGGAAGGAGGCGGCCAGGCCACACCAUCGAUGCUCACCCCUCUCAACACCGGUCCAGACCGUUGGGCAGGGACGCUGGGAGGAGCGUCAGAAUGUGUCCCUUCUAAUGCACUAAGGCUCCAGGAGAAAGACUUACCUGGAGAAGGAGCUGUCAUUUUUUUCACCAUACUUUGUACUGUUUCUAGGGCUUUUCUAGCCAACCAGUUAGAUGCAUGUUUGCCUCCCCCGCCUCAUUUCAGGGUUCCUGUGGAAUUGUUGGAGAUAGGAAAUUAGAAAAUGCUUGGUAUCUCCCAUUGGGGGAAAGUUCACUCUCUCUUACCCCACACUGACCCCAUGUACAUUGUUUCAGCAGAAUUCUUCUUAGCAAGGGUUAAUGUUUGUGACAAUGCUGGAGUGACUGCAGGGGUCAGGGAGGUAGCCCAGUGGAUUGGAGAGCAAACUAUAUGCGGGAACCUGAGUCUGGCCCCUGGCGCCACAGAUGGUCCUCUGAGCACUGAGCCAGGAGUAGCCCUUAGGCACUGCCAGGUGUGGCCCCAAAGCAAACCAACAGAAACAGAGUUACUGCCAAAAUUGUUCUUCCUAGAUGUGAAGUUUUAGCCCAAACCCCUAAAGUCCUCUCAUUAAAUUUAGAUUUCCAUUUGUAAACUCA